GUCGUGCAGCUGCAGGUUGCCAUAACGGCAGUCAAGAUGGCAGCGAUGGCGACUGGAGAUGAGCAUGCUGCCUCUGAAGUUUUGAGAGGACUCGCCCGACAUUUAAACUGUCUGAACGAAGACAACAAGUCGACGAGAAAGAGGGCUCUUGAGCUAAUCAAGAGAGAGACUGUAGAUAAAGGACUUUCCAGCAGCGUCUUACAGGAGGUUUUCUCUGCCCUCCUCAAGCCUCUCCUCAAAUGUCUGUCAGACCCGAUGGAAAGAUGCAGAGAAACCGCGAUAACGAUGAUAACAGAGUGUAUUCGUUGUAUCCCCAAACCUGAGGAGUCGCUGCCUUAUCUCAUGCCCUGCCUGGCUCAGAGGCUCGGAGAGAAAGAGAUCCAGGAGCCGGCGGAGGAGCUUCGGCUGUCGGCCGUGGAGAUGUUGACUCUGACGUUGGAGGUCUGCGGGAAGUAUUUAGCGCCGUAUCUGAACGAAAUGGUCAACAUACUGCAGAGAACCAUCGUCGACCCUUUCCCAGAUGUCAAAAGAGAAAGCUGCAAAUGCACAGUAAAGUUUGCAAAGUGUCUGCCAGAGCACUUCCACAUGCAGGCUGAGAGUCUGGUCCAGCCUCUGAUGCAGACGAUUGCUCAUCAGCACUCCCGGGUACGAGCGUCUGUCAUCGAAGCCACCGGGGCUGUCAUUCAGCAUGGCACUGGGAAAAAUGUGGAUGAUGUGCUCUCUCACCUGGCACAGAGGCUGUUUGAUGACUCACCACAGGUGAGAAAAGCUGUGACUGCAGUUGUUGGUGAUUGGCUACUUCAUAUGAGAGACAGAUACUCCUAUUUCCACAAACUUAUCCCACUCCUUCUGAGCAGCAUCACUGAUGAGAUCCCAGAAAUAAGACGUCUAGCAGCUGAUUUAUGGAAGCAGGUAGGCGCCCAGUGGGAAAAGGAGAAUGAGGAAGACAUCAAGGACAAGAUGGACUUCCUCCUCACCCCACCUGCCUUCUACCCACCAGGAGUGGAGCGUCCAAGGCUGGGCUGCAGGGAGCUUGUGGUGAGAAACCUGGGCAGACUGGUGCCGGCCAUUACCCACGACAUAACCGAUUGGCUGGUGCCCACACGGGUCAGGACCUCUCAGCUGCUCUCUGUGCUGCUGCUCCACACCGAGGACCACAGCACCCAGCAUCUGCAGCCUCUCCUGGCCACCCUCUACCGGGCCUGCACCGACACAGAGAGGGACGUGGUCAGCAAUUGCCUGGAAGCUGCUAAACUGUUAGGGACCUUUGUCCCUCCUGUCAUCUUCCUCAAGCUGCUGCUGGAUCAUGUGACAACCCCCUCCUCUUCCUCUCACCCCUGGGCCUCUCUCAUGGUGCUGGCUGCGGUGCUGGGAGGCUGCUCCAAGCCCCUCCUUAAACCACAUCUUGAACAGAUUGCCAACACUCUGGCCCAGCCCGACGUCUGCCAGGAUUAUCAACAGGUUAUGUACUUGGAGCAGUUGUUGGCCUGCGUGGAUGUGUUGCUGCAUCAGUGUGAGUCAGACUGUGGCUCAGUCAGCCUGCAGCUGCUGCAGGUGCUGGUCACCAUCCAGAGCCUCUCCACUGAGCCACAUCUCAAUGAAAAGGCCUUGCAGAGUGUACAGUUCUUGUGUAAGGUGCAGGGCCUGGACUCAGUGAUGGAGCUCUAUAGACAACAUAUGGGCCAACUGCUGGACUGGCUGUCUGCCUCUGUCAACACCUGGUCUAGUUACUCCCCUCAGAGACUCCAGCUGCAUAUCAUAGUCAUACAAUCAGGUCCAGUGAUCGGGGAGUUUGUGAGCCAGUUGAUGCCUCUGCUUUGCGGCUGCCUCCAACCAGACAGAGACACAGAGAUGAGGAUGAGCAUCUUCACAAUGCUUGCUAAAUUGCUACUGGAUGCAGCCAACACACUGGAUUCCCAGGGGCAUUUCCGUGACAAGUCAGAGAAGUUCCUGUGUGACGUCUUGCUUCCUAACCUGGUGUGGCACGCAGGCCGUACUGCUGCUGCCGUUCGCACCUCAGCCCUCAGCUGUCUGCUGGCCCUGCUGCAUGGAGGGGCCAUCACGCCUGGACAGCUGCUGUGUCUGGAGGAGAAGCUGAGUCCCCUGGUGUUGUCUGCUCUGGAAGAAGACUCUCGGAUGAGCAGACUGUUGGCUUGUCGGUCUCUGUCCACCAUACUCAAACUCAUAGGAACCAGUCUGCACCCUGAGGCCCUCAACAAGAUCUACCCCGAGCUGCUGAAGCAUCUGGAUGACGGCAGCGAGGAGGUGCGCAGUGUCGCUCUGCAGGCCCUUGGGCUGUGGCUGUCCAGUCUGACCAAAGACUACAACCCUGAGCUCUGCGCCCCUCAUCUGCAGCUCCUCUUCCAGCAGCUCCUCCUGCACCUGGACGACCCAGACAGCUCGGUGCAGGACCAAGUGCUCGAGAUCCUGAAGAAAGGCAGCUCAGUCCACCCGGCCCUUCUGAAGAGGGAGGCGGAGGCAGUGAGAGACAAACAGCGGAGUCCUCUGUACUGCGACCAGCUACUCCAGCACAUCAGCUCACUGCCCACGGAGACUACAGCAGACUGUCCUGAGUGACAUGAAGUUUGUGCCUUAAUUCAAAAAACUUUCUCACCUUUUGAUGAACAACUUCUAACAGCGUGCUGAUAAUAAUAUGAUGGAGUAUUUUUCACUUAAGGACUUAUUCUCCUUAAAAUGAAACUCAAACUUGAAUUCAGUGGAGUUUUGACCCUCAUGUAGUUGAGUUGAAGACUGACAUUUUUAGGUGAACUGUUCAAUAUGCCUUUUAAUGUAGUAUGUCUCCUUUACUAUUCAAGAACAGUUUUUCUGCAUUUGUUCCUUUUAUUGUGUUCCUUUGGUUCUGAUGUUUGGUUUUAAUGGAAACAAAUAGAUUUUUGAUGCACGGUGGUUGUUUAGAUGUUUUAGUAACACACUCUUUGAGAUCUCUUUGUGCAUUCCUGCACCCAGACUCUCAGCACCACCAGCCUCCACAUGGUGCUGAGUCUGAGAGAAGCUGGGUCAUGUGAUUUUGUCUUCAAAAUAAAAGUGUGUGUUUCA